AUCCAGAUGUGAUCAAGUAUCGAAAUCCAUAUGUUCAAAAUUAUUUUGUUGCAAAAGUUGGUACUAUAAUAUUUAACAAAGAUAUUGAAAACUUAAAUAUUGAAUUACCUCAACCACUUAAAAAUGUGAAAAAUGCAAGUGCAUUCAGAGUUAUACUUCCCUGGUUUGAUGCAUUAAAUAUAAUGCUUGGAAAAAUUUCGAAAGCAUAUGAAGAUGCCGAAUAUAAUCGAAAGACCUGUCGUAUCUUAACUGAUCGUGCUGAUGAUGUUUUGACAGCAGUUAAAAUAUUAUUUCGGAGAAGAGAUGAAGAAGUGGAUAAAUUUCUUGAUGAUUAUUAUGUCAAAUCAUUUAUUAAACUUCAUAGGGUUUUAAGAGAUAUAAAAGAAUUUAUCAGUAAUGUAUCUCAACUUAAAGGCCUUUCUAAAUUUGUAUCUGCUGAAGAUAUAAGAAAAAGAUGUAUAGUUCUUAUUAAUGAAUUGGAAUCAUCUUGUGUUGAUCUAAAUUUAAACACCACUAUAUCAGCAGAGGAUAAACGACUUGUACAAAAAAGUCUAAUGGAAGACGUAGAUGCAAUGAAUGAGAUAAUUAAUAUUGAUGAACAAGAGUAUAUAAAAUAUUUAAAAAAAUCUGCUGUUAAUGGUAAUCCUACAGCAUUAUUCUAUUACGGUAUUUUAUCCUUGGACGGAAAAUAUGUAGAGAAGGAUGAGAAAAUAGGAAUGCAGUGUUUAUUAUUGGCUAUUGCAAAAGGUCAAAAACAAGCAAUAGUCGAACUUAAAAAUCGUAAUAUUGAUGUUUGGUAA